AGAUGGCGCUAGACUUGGUGAACAGGGAAGCGGAAGAAUUCAGUGCGAAGAUAAGUUUUUUGAGAGCUAGCUAGUUGAAUUUUUCAGUGCAAGGUACUACAGCAUUCUAUUACCUUGCUUUUAUUGAUAAGUCUGUCAUAGUAUCAUUAACAUUUUUAGAGAUGGCUCUCCCACCGCAACUAAAAUCGAUUCAACACCAUCUUAGAACCGCGCAGGAACAUGAGAAGAGGGAUCCUGUGGUUGCUUACUACUGUCGGCUUUAUGCCAUGCAGACUGGAAUGAAACUGGACAGCAAAACCCCUGAAUGUCGGAAGUUUCUUGUGAAAUUAAUGGAUCAAUUAGAAACGAUGAAGAAGGAGCUGGCUGACAAUGACUCAAUCACCCAGGAAGUUGUCGGCAAUGCCCACAUUGAAAACUAUGCCUUAAAAAUGUUCCUCUAUGCUGACAAUGAGGAUAGAUCGGGACGAUUCCACAAGAACAUGAUUAAGUCCUUCUAUACUUCUAGCCUUUUGUUAGAUGUCCUGUCAGUUUUUGGCGAGUUAUCAGAGGAGAACAUCCAGCACAGGAAGUAUGCGAGAUGGAAGGCCACCUACAUCCACAACUGUCUGAAGAAUGGUGAAAACCCUCAAGCUGGCCCUGCUGAAUAUGAGGAGGAAACAUAUGGUGAGUAUGGUGUUGAAGGUGGAGAGGGGCCUUCGUACCAUUCCUCUCAGCCUGGCCAGCCCCUGUCUCCAACUCACUCUUCCCAGCCUGGCUUUGGGGGACCAGACCAGGACCCGGGCUCUAUGGUGGGACCCCCGUACCCCCCUGCCAACUACAACAACAUCCACAUCCCCCCAGGAGCCCACUGCCCAGCCAACACUCCCGCAGAGAUCCCUCCACCAGCAGGAGAGUCCAUUAAACCAGUGCCUGUUCCCCGAAACAUUCCUGUGGUUAACCCUUCACUGCUGAGUGCUACUCAGGAAGGUGAUGUGCGUCUCACCCCAGAGGACUACACCCGGGCUCAGAAAUACUGCAAAUAUGCUGGCAGCGCCCUGCAGUACGAAGACGUGGGCACCGCGGUGCAGAAUCUGCAGAAGGCCCUGAAGUUACUUACCACUGGCAAAGAAUGAGACCCAUUGUCCCCUGGCGUCACUGUAUCGCUGAUCUGGCCCAGAAGAACUGAGACUCCCAUUAGUCUGUGCAGCACUCCCAGCUGUGUCCGUCUGAAGAAAGCAAUUCUGUCCCGAGUCUUCAAAUCACUGUAAACAACAAUGACAUCUGUGUCUUCAUAUGGGCCUCUGUGGCGCUUCCAGCAUGGUCGUCCCUAACUGGAUUGAGUCACUCACUAAAGACUUCCAGGCCAUAUAUUGAACAGUGCGUCCACGUCUUGCAAAAAGACACCGUCGAUUUUGUGUGCAAAUUCAACUGAUUUUUGUGUAGCGCACCUAUCCCCUUUAAGUUUUGGGAGAAUGCUAAGUUUGCAGUUUGCAUAAUUCAUUAUAAAUACAAAAUGUUUCUUUAACCUAAUGUACUGUAGCCCAAUUCUUCAAUAGACCGUGGAUAAUAUAUUACCCAUUAUCAUAGGGCAGGAUUUAUCGGCCCUUUACAGGUUUCCAAUGCAGUUUCUAUUUAUCUUUUUGUUUCGCUGAAAGGGCUCUCAUUUCUGCUUAAACACACUAAUGUUUUAAAUUGAUUGGUUGUUGGUGACCUGAUGGUAUAUGCUCAUGCUGUCUGCUUUGGUACACAGAGCUGUAGAAACAACACUGUCCAUGCAAGAGGACUUCAUGUUGACUUUGUAUGACGAUUGCCCUUGGGGGGAGGGCGAGGCACAUGGGGCCCAUUUCCUACGCACGUAUUGAAGCUGGUCGUGGACAGAAAAUAGACUGUUUAUAUUCUGUGCAUGCUUGUUAUUUAAUGACAUGGAUUAAUCUGGGUACAUGAAACCGCCUCAUAGAUAACUCCAAACACUUCCCUAACCUUCACGCUAAACUUCAACUUUUCUUAUGCUGCCUUCUUCGACUGAGCUGUAGAUCCAUCCUCAAAAAUGUUGAUGUUUCUGUGUGGGGUGGGGGGUGUUUAUGUUUGUGUUAGUUCUGCAUUUACCAUGUACUCUGUUUCUGUAGUUCGUCAAAUUAAGGACUUACUUCACAUAACUUCACAUGAUUAAAACCAAUCAAUUGUGUU